UUGUUUUGAUUUUGUCUCUUUUGUUUAAUUUAGAGUGAAUUAAAUUAAAUUUGAUUUAGUUUUGAGAUCUUGAUUCAGAUUAAUUGACUGUUUUUUUUAAUUGAUUCUUUAUUUGUUUAAAUGUUUCUGAGAAAAUGUUGAUUCAUUUUCUUUCCCUUUUCUUUAUCGGUCCGCUUAUUUUACUCUGGACUUUGAUACGUGUCUAUUUAUCGGUUAAACGAAAUGUUUCCAGCGGUAAAUCGGUACCGAUAGUGGCCUUUUUUCACCCAUAUUGUAAUGCAGGAGGAGGUGGUGAACGUGUCCUAUGGGUUAUGUUGAAACUGUUGACAACCAGAUAUCCAAAGUAUCGAUAUGUCAUUUAUACCGGUGACCAGAAUGUUGAGGGUAGCGUAAUAUUGUCCAAGGUUUUAACUACUUUUCGAAUUGAUUUAAGUCAAAAUGUGACCUUUGUCUAUCUUAAAAGUCGAUUCUUGGUGGAAGCUGAAAGAUAUCCUGCGUUUACUCUGUUAUUCCAAAGUUUGGCCUCGAUCAUUUUAGGAUUUGAAGCUUUGUUCAAAUUUCCACCCGAUGUUUUCAUUGACACAAUGGGCUAUUCGUUUACUUAUCCGUUAUUCAAGUAUUUUGGUGGCUGUAAGGUUGCCACUUAUACUCACUUUCCGACAAUCAGUGUUGACAUGUUGGCCAAUGUCUCAUCUAGACGAGAAGCGGUCAACAAUCGUAAUUUUAUCGCUUCAAGUGCCAUCCUUUCAAGAGGGAAACUGUUAUAUUAUCAAGCAUUUGCCAUUCUCUAUGGUUUUAUGGGUCGAAGAGCUGAUUUGGUUAUGGUCAAUUCAAGUUGGACUCGUAAUCAUAUCUCAUCUUUAUGGGGCAAUCAAAACAUUCACCUGGUUUAUCCUCCAUGUAACACUGAGGUUUUCCAAGAGUUACCCGUUGAUGAUAAACAAGAAUAUCAAAUCGUAUCAAUAUCACAAUUUAGACCAGAAAAAGAUCACAUCAAACAAAUUCACAGUUUCUCUAAGUUUGUAGAAAAGUUGGAACCAAAUGAAUCCUCAAAGGCUAAAUUGAUCCUUAUAGGAAGUUGUCGGGAUGAACGAGAUGAAGAUCAAGUUGAAAAAUUACGUGAAAUCUGCAAAUCAUUUAAUGUAGAAGACAAAGUUACAUUUGCAUUGAAUUUAACAUUUGAUCAACUAUUGGAAUAUCUGAGAACGAGUAACAUUGGCAUUCACACAAUGAAAGAGGAACAUUUUGGAAUCGGAGUCGUCGAGCUUGUGGCCGCUGGAUUAAUCGUAGUGGCACACAAUUCGGGUGGACCAAAGAUGGACAUCAUCAAAUCGAGGGACAUUGGUUUUCUAGCCGAGACAUCAGAUGAAUAUGCUGAUUGUUUACUUGAAAUUGUUCGUAGUAAACAAUCAAAAUUGUCAAACAUACGAAAAACUGCUCGUAAACAUGUCGAAAAAUUUAGUGAAGACAAAUUCUGUUCUCAAGUAGCUGAUAUAUUUGACUCGAUUCUAUCCCGUUGAUCUGACAAUCAACUAACUGAAACCUUGUGAUGAAUAACUAAUCAACUGUUAAAUUAACAGUGUUAAUAAUUAAUUAAUCCCAUCGACUUUUACCUUAUAUAUAUAAAAAUUAUUUUCUCAAUAAUGUAAAUGA